AACAAAGAUGGGUGGGACGGACUAGAGCCAAACAAACAUAGGCAUAGGUUAGGUGUGGGAGUGGAAGUGGGAGUGGGAGUGGGGUGGUGUUCGAUUGAGGCCGGCGGGAUCAAUUCACCGAAUCGUUUUCCACAACACAAAUGCAUAAUCAUCGAUGAUGAUGUUCAUCCCAAAUUCAUCAUAUUCUUCUUCUUGUUGCUCUCUGCAAAUCUCAUAUGUUGUUUUUGUUCCUGCUUUUCCCUUCAAAAACCCAACCCAACCUACCUCUACCUCUACCUCUACCUGGCCAAGCUACACCCUUGCCCAGCAGCAGCAGCAGCCAUGUCUUCCUCCAACAAUUCCAAGAAGAAGAAGAAGAAGAGCAGCAGCAGCAGCACCAGUAUCAGCACCCAAUUGCAGCAAGAGGAAAUCGGGUUCCAUGGCAGAGAAGAGGUCGGAGGAGACAGAAGAGAUGGUUCGUUUGCUUCUCAGGAAUUUCCAUGACAAGAAGAACCCCUUACUCUCAACACUUAACAAGUACGCCAAGUUUCUCAGAAUGGAACACUGUUUUCUUCUCUUUCAAGAGCUUGGCAAGACUGAUAACUGGCUUCACUGCCUUGAGGUCUUCAGGUGGAUGCAAAAGCAACGGUGGUAUAUAGCUGAUAAUGGCGUUUAUUCGAAAUUAAUCUCAGUUAUGGGAAAGAAAGGCCAAACUAGGAUGGCCAUGUGGCUCUUCUCAGAGAUGCGUAAUAGUGGGUGCCGACCUGAUACUUCAGUUUAUAAUGCACUCAUCACUGCCCACCUUCACUCUCGAGAGAAAUCCAAGGCUUUGGCCAAAGCUCUUGGGUACUUUGACAAGAUGAAGGGAAUGGAACGGUGUAGACCUAACGUUGUAACGUACAAUAUUCUACUUAGAGCUUUUGCUCAGGCCCGAAACAUUGAUCAAGUUAAUGCUUUGUUCAAAGAUCUCGAUGAGAGCAUUGUUAGCCCUGAUAUCUUCACCUUCAAUGGUGUGAUGGAUGCAUAUGGGAAGAAUGGGAUGAUCAGAGAAAUGGAGUUGGUGCUUUCUCGCAUGAAGAGUAAUCAGUGUAAGCCAGAUGCCAUCACUUUUAAUUUGCUGAUUGAUGCAUAUGGGAGGAAGCAAGAAUUUGAUAAAAUGGAACAAGUCUUUAAGAGUUUAUUGCGUUCCAAGGAGAAACCAACACUUCCUACCUUUAAUUCGAUGAUCACAAACUAUGGGAAAGCACGGCUUAGGGAAAAAGCAGAGUUUAUUUUUCAAAAAAUGACUGAUAUGGGAUACACCCCAAGCUUCAUUACCUAUGAGUGCUUGAUUAUGAUGUAUGGGUUUUGUGAUUGUGUUUCAAGGGCUAGGGAAAUAUUUGAUGGGAUGAUGGCAGCUGGGAAGGAGAUGAAGGUGUCUACUCUUAAUGCCAUGCUUGAUGUUUACUGCAUGAAUGGAUUACCAUUGGAAGCAGACAGGUUGUUUGAGAGUACACGUAAUAAUACUGGGGUUUCUCCAGAUUCCUCUACAUAUAAACUUCUAUACAAGGCUUACACUAAAGCCAACAUGAAGGAGCUUUUACAAAAAUUGCUGGUGCAUAUGGACAAAGAUGCUAUAAUCCCUAAUAAGAGGUUCUUCCUGGAUGCUUUGGGAGCCUUUGGGUCUUUACCAGCUAGCUCAGUGACUUCUGGCAACCAAAGUGAUUUGAGUAGGCUAAAAAAUAGUGUCAAGGCAUAAGUUCAUGUAGUUGACAAUUUUGGUUACAGACUGUUCUUGAACCAACUUAACAUUAGCAGGUCACUGGACUACCGAGUGUUUUUUUCUCAACUUUUCUGGUGGAAAGAAGUCUUCAGCAAGUGAACAUUCAGAUCUUGAUAUGUACAACCAAUGUGAUCUGUAUCAUAUGCGUGUCAUAUCAUAAUCAUCAAUGGUUUCGCAUAACAAAGGUUUUGUGGUGAGGUUGAUGGUGAGGUGCAGUUGGAGCAAGUUGUAGUUUAUUUUAAUAUUUACUACUGAAAAUGCACAAGCCAUGUAACUGUAAACAAAAAUAAAAAAUAAAAUAAAAUACUCAUGGAAGAUGAUUUAAACUA